AUAUAUAUAUAUAUAUCAACAAACGGAAGCUCAUUCGAAAGAAGCAGCAUAUAUAAAACAUUUGAGAGAAACACGUAUAAGAGAGAGAAAAUAAAAUGCACUCACCUCGUUUGAGAGAGGCAACUCAAGCAUGCUUCCAAGGUUGUUGUCCGAACCCCAACCUCGAUGAGGUAGAGCAGCCAAUAGCAAAGACGAGAAGCACAUCCUCCGUUUGCCGCCACAACUUUGCUGCCACAACAGCAUCCUCGUUUUUCCCAAACACCCACUUCACCAAUCACGAAUCAAUCCCUUCCCUGCAAGAAUCAUUCCUUCACUUCAUCAAAGCAUACCCCAACUAUUCUGAUACUGCCCCUAUCGACCAGAUACGAGCUCGAGAAUAUUCCCACCUCUCGAUAUCCGACCAUGUCUGCCUCGAUUACAUAGGCGUCGGUCUAUUUUCGCAAUCGCAGAUGAACAAGUCCGAUGGGCAGUCUGGUAAUUUGCCAUUGUUCGGUGUGACUUUCAAGUCCGUGAGUCUCAAGUCACAGCUCCUCCACGGUGGAGAAGGAUCACCGCUCGAAUCUGCAAUCAAGAAACGUAUUAUGGAGUUUCUGAAUAUUUCUCAAGACGAUUACUCCAUGGUGUUCACUGCGAAUCGAUCGGCUGCUUUCAAGCUCGUAGCACAAUCAUACCCUUUUCAAUCCAGUCGGAAAUUACUCACGGUUUACGACCAUGAGAGCGAGGCUUUGGACUCCAUGGUCAACAUGUCUGAAAAACGAGGAGCACGUGUAAUGGCAGCUGAGUUUAAAUGGCCAAGGCUGAGGAUUCACUCCGCAAAACUGAGGAAGAUGAUUGUGAGAGAUAAUAAGAAGAAGAAAAAUCGAGGGUUAUUUGUGUUCCCUCUUCAAUCAAGAACGAGUGGGGCCAGCUAUUCGUAUCAAUGGAUGACCAUGGCCCAAGAAAACGGAUGGCAUGUAUUGCUCGAUGCAUGUGCAUUGGGGCCAAAAGAGAUGGACAGUUUUGCCCUUUCACUCUUCCAGCCGGAUUUUCUCAUUUGCUCUUUCUACAAAAUUUUCGGCGAAAACCCGACUGGAUUCGGUUGUCUCAUCGUCAAGAAAUCAACCGUUCCGCUUCUAGAAGCUUCCGGAGGUUCGGGGAUUGUAUCUAUCACACCAGAAAAUAACUUGCUUCGAUCCUCUGAAGAUAAUUCAGGCACAGACACGGAGCUCGAACAAAUAGCGAAAAAUCAAGAAAGUGCGGAAAACGAGACCUCUGAUAUUAUUCAGUGCAGAUGCUUGGAUCAUGUGGAUUCGUUGGGAUUGAGGCUGGUCAAUAGCAGGGGAAGGUACUUGAUCAACUGGCUGGUGAGUGCAGUGACGAAGCUUCGGCAUCCUAAUAGGUUGGACCAUUUUGCCCUCGUGACUAUUUACGGCCCGAAGGUGAAAUUCGACCGUGGGCCCGCUUUGGCGUUCAAUAUACAUGACUGGAAAGGAGAAAGGGUUGAACCGGCUCUAGUGCAGAAAUUAGCAGAUAGAAGUAAGAUUUCAAUUGGGGUUGGAUUUUUGCACCAUAUUUGGUUCUCGGAGAAAUAUGAAGGACAUAAUUCGAUAAUCUUGGAGCGUAAUGUGAAAGAAACGGAAACAGUGGGAACUAAAAGUAGAAAAGAUAAGCAGGGAAUUACGGUUGCUACUGUUGCACUUACUUUCUUGGCUAACUUUGAGGAUGCCUAUAGGCUUUGGGCAUUCAUAGCGCAGUUUCUUGAUGCUGACUUUGUGGAGAAGGAGAGAUGGAGAUACACUGCAUUGAAUCAGAAGACCAUAGAAGUGUGAGUACAGAGCCGAAUAUGUUAUCGUUUCGAAACUGUAAUAUUUCCUGCGAGUUAUUGAAGAAGAAAAAAAUGUUUAUCCACUUUUUAACGAAGGUAAUAAUUUAUGCUUCAAUAAACAUGUUAGCUUUGAUGAUAAGUUUGUGUUUGAGUAUUAGCCAGUGAACAUACCCUUCAAGCAAUGUAAACAA